AUGCCAGAACACCAGAUUAAACAACGCCAUGGUCAAAGUUCCAACGACAGACCUCGAGGCGACGGAGACGACGACGGUCAAGAUGGACUCGACCUGACUACCAUCCUCAACGAGAACCAGAGGGCCGAUCUGACACUCCUGGUCGCCAACCUGGCCGAGUCGAUGCGCAAGUUGAUCCAAGACAACUUCGACUCGACGGCCGGGUUGAACAGAGCUCUGUUGCGCGAGGGGAUGAGCGAGGACGAGAAGAUGAUGGCCGCGGACCCGCACGCCGAUGUGUCGAGCUACGACCGCGAGCGCAGACUCAAGGACGAGGCCGACAGGGAUCUGGCGACGGAUAGGAUGAAAGCGCUGAAGAGCGACGCGCUGAAGUGUUUCGACGAGUGGCGCGAACAGGUCAUCAUGCGCGUCGGGGAGGCCGUCAACACUUCGCCCUCCUCCUCGAAGGUGAAGAAGAACAAGAAAACCCAGCCCACGGCAGCUACGGCCGCUGAUGCCGGUAAGACUCCAGAACGAGAGGGGUCGUUGUCAGCGACAGCGACGGCGACGCCCAGAGUCCCAGUCGACGUGGUCAAGGGCCAAGUUGCUGUCGGCCCGCGCAGCGACAGGGCUGCGGCGCUGUUGAAGUUCAAGGACCUCUACCCUGGGGCUAAAACGCCACUGACGAAAAUGACCAUGAAAGAGCGCACGUUGAUCCUCCAUUCCGUCCUGCUCCUGCUCAUCAGCCUGGAACACUACAACGCCUUCUCGCGCGUGCUGAUGCUCAACCUGACCCGCUCGCUGAAGCUGCCGCUCAAGACGUUCGAGCAGGACGAGUACACCACGGCGCGGGGCCUGCUGGAGCACGCGAGGGAGAUGGAGAUGGAGACGUCGGCGGACGAGGCGAUGAGGGCCAAGAUCGAGGCCAACAGGCACGCGAGACGGAAGAAGGUCGCGAUCGCGGCGGCAGCGGGCGCCGCCAUCCUCGGUGUCAGCGGCGGGCUUGCUGCGCCUCUGGUGGCCGCGGGCGUGGGCUCCGUGAUGGGCGGCCUGGGCCUGGGUGCGACCUCCGCCGCGGCGUAUUUGGGGAGCGUCGCGGGGAGUACGGUACUCGUUGGUGGAUUGUUCGGCGCGUACGGUGGGCGCAUGACGGGUCAGAUGAUGGACCAAUACGCGAGGGAAGUCGAGGACUUUCGAUUCUUGCCUGUUCACGGAAGGUAUGACGAUAAUGAUCACGAUGGAGAGAUGCAACGCGACGGAGACGGAAAGAACAACAGCAAGGGCGGGAAGACGAAGAAGUGCGAAGACGUUGAGCAAGCUGCGCACGACCAUAAGCUGAGGGUCACGAUCGGCGUGAGUGGAUGGCUGACGGAGAAGGAAGAGGUGGUCAAGCCGUGGCGCGUGCUUGGUGUUGGAAGCGAGGUGUUCGCGCUCAAAUGGGAACUGGAGGCCUUGUUGAACCUGGGCAACGCGAUGAACGGUGUCGUCCAGUCGGCCGCGUGGGGUUAUGCGCAGAAGGAGGUUGUCAAGCGGACCAUAUUUGCCGAUCUGGCCGGCGCCAUGUGGCCCGUUGCGCUGAUGAAGGUCGCCAGGGUCAUUGAUAACCCGUUCAGCGUUGCAAAGAGUCGCGCCGACAAGGCGGGCGAGGUCCUUGCGGACGCGCUGGUCAGGAGAGCACAGGGAGAACGACCUGUCACUCUGGUCGGCUACAGUCUCGGUGCCAGAGUCGUGUAUACGUGUCUCACGAGCCUGGCGAGACGGGGCGCGUUUGAGAUCGUCGAGAACGCCGUUCUUAUCGGAAGCCCAACGCCGAGUGAUACGAGCGACUGGCGUGUCUUGAGGAGCGCGGUUGCAGGCCGUCUUGUCAACGUGUUUAGCGUCAACGACUACGUGCUCGGCUUCAUGUACAGAACGAGCGCCGUACAGUACGGCGUGGCCGGGCUGCAGAAGGUAGAAGCUCUCAGCGGGGUCGAGAAUUUCGACGUGAGUGAGGAUGUGAGCAGCCACCAGAGGUAUCGCUAUCUUAUUGGGGCGAUUCUGAAAAAGAUCGGGUUCGAGGAUGUCGACAUGGAUGCAGUGGAUAGAGAAAAGGAGGCCCUCGUCGAGAUGGAGAAGCGGGAGAAGAAAGAGAGCCUGGAGAACCAGCGACGUUGGAUGAUUAGGAGGGAGAGUCGUGGCGGUAACGAAGAUCAGGAGGCCGAAGGUGAAGCAGAGGCAAGCGAGCUGGAGAAGAUGGUUCGGGAUCAAACGAAGAAAAGCCUUGUAACUCGAGCGAUCGAGUACUUCUACUUACCACAGGUGCCGAACGCGGAUGAUGUGAAGAAGAUCACAGGAUCUGUGCAGGGAAUGACCAACGACCCUUCGUCGGCGGCAGGAGAAGCUACUGACCAGACAAUGAAGACAUCACAAGGGUCAGUCGAACCCCUUACGACGCGCCUAUACAGGAGUUUGCCCAGCAUGCCGUAUGCUAGCACGUCGACCACAGCUGGGACUGCAGCUCCACAGAAUAGCCCCAUCGACACCAAGAAGACAACAGAUAAAGUAGGAAAGACAGGGAAAGGGACAGUGGACCAGGGCCAAGGGUACAUCUCGCAAGCUUCAUCCUAUCUGUCCUCCUUGCGGGCAGGCCGUGGGACUCAAAAGGAUGCCACGGGGCAAGGCGAGAAUGCCACAACUACAGCGUCUGAUGUGGCCAAUACCACCGCGUCUGCAGCCAAGGGAGCUACAGGGACGCUGUCCGACACAGUGACAACGACUGUGAAGAACACCCUCAACCCGAAAGACAAUCCAGCUGUGAAGUCUUCGAGACGAGCUGCAAGAGAGGCCCCUAUCAUCCAUCAAGCGAAUGACCGCACUCCGCAACCUAUCAAGGACAAGGCCGGAGACGUCUCGGACAUAGUGGGCACAACGGCACAGAACACAGGCCAGACGCUUCAGAAGGGUGUGGACACCGGUACCAGUAAAGCUACUGACGGAGGCAAGAACGCAGUAAGCCAUGCUCAGGAAGCCGCAAAGACAACAGGGCAAUUGACUCAGAAAGGCAUGGACACAGUGACAAGCACAGGCGGCAAGAUAGCCAGCUCAGCAACAUCGCAAGCACAAGAUACCCCCCAGGCAAGUCAGACAUACACGUCCCGAGCAGCCUCGUAUCUACCCGGCCUACCUCGUCUCGGCUUUGGCAGUGGCGGUGAGAAGAAAGCACCGCCAAAACUGGAGAAACGCGCAUCGUCGUCGAGGAACGUCACCGAAAAUAGUCCAAAGUUGGACAAAAAAAAGCCCUCAAAAGCAGCGGAGAAACCAAGCCCGCCAAAGCUGGAUGGACUACCCUCCGCCAAACUGGAACGAACGCCGUCAGGCUUGAAAUCACCACCCGCAAAGGUCGAGAGAGUCUCUUCUGGAGUCAGGUCUCCUCCCGCGGACAAACUCGAGCGUGUCUCUUCAGUUGUCAAGACUCCAUCCGCGUCGGCCCCGACUCCAAAGGUGGACAAAGAGAGUGUGGGACAACUUCGAAUGAAGCCUCCAAAGCUGGGUCCACGGAGGACGAGUCAGCAGCAGCAACAAUCUGGUGCGAAGUCGCCGUCGGCAGGUGUGGGAGAACAAGGCGUGCCAUCUGCUGAGUCCAUCCACACGAAAUUGUCCAAGUUACCAUCAGGAUCAGUCGAUAAAGCAACAGGGGCAGGAAAAUCCGCGACUUCCAAUGCAGCUCAAGCAGCCCAGAAGACUGUCGGCGCGGGAAAGAGCGUGAGCGGAAAGGCAGAAGAUGCCGCGAAGGGUGUUGGGACGACUGCAGCUCAAGCUGCCGGGAAGACGUCUGAGGUGGCACAGGGAGCGGCACAGCAGGGCGGUGGAAAUGUACUUUCGAGUGCUGGAAAAUUCGUUGGCUUGCGACGAUGA